AUGGGUGCAGCCCAUAUUAUAUAUCCAUUCCAUGGAAUGGGUGCAGCCCAUAUUAUAGACCCAAUCCAUGGAAUGGGUGCAGCCCAUAUUAUAGACCCAAUCCAUGGAAUGGGUGCACCCCAUAUUAUAGAUAAAAUCCAUGGAAUGGGUGCAACCCAUAUUAUAUAUCCAUUCCAUGGAAGGGGUACAGCCUAUAUUAUAGAUCCAUUCCACGGAAUGGGUGCAACCCAUAUUAUAGAUCGAAUCCAUGGAGUGGGUGCAGCCCAUAUUAUAGAUCCAAUCCAUGGAAUGGGUGCAACCCAUAUUAUAGAUAAAAUCCAUGGAAUGGGUGCAGCCCAUAUUAUAUAUCCAUUCCAUGGAAUGGGUAAAGCCUAUAUUAUAGAUCCAUUCCACGGAAUGGGUGCAACCCAUAUUAUAGACCCAAUCCAUGGAAUGGGUGCAGCCCAUAUUAUAGAUUCAUUCCACGGAAUGGGUGAAACCCAUAUUAUAGACCCAAUCCAUGGAAUGGGUGCAGCCUAUAUUAUAGAUCCAAUCCAUGGAAUGGGUGCAACCCAUAUUAUAGAUCCAAUCCAUGGAAUGGGUGCAGCCCAUAUUAUAGAUCCAUUCCACGGAAUGGGUGCAACCCAUAUUAUAGACCCAAUCCAUGGAAUUGGGUGCAGCCUAUAUUAUAGAUCCAAUCCAUGGAAUGGGUGCAGCCCAUAUUAUAGAGCCAAUACAUGA